UUCGCAGUGUGAAUCGUGGCUCAGUAUAGUGUAACGUUCACAUCGACGCGAGAGCUUUGCUGAAUGAUGUCACGACUACCAACGUUAACGCGGCUGUCGUAUAUUCUACGUAAUAAAUGUAUCGAGAGAACGCAGUGUGGUUUGAAAAAAUUCACGACACAUCGAUACUACACAACUGCAAGCAGAUUAAAACUCGACUCGCAGAAUGUAGUGAGCAGUUACUUUCCCGAUGUGACGGGCUACGAAAAUGUUUACGUGCACGACUUCGUAUGGGAGAACAUAGGAAAAUGGCCGAACAAGACAGCUGUGGUGUGCUCGGUGAGCGGGAGAACGUACACGUACAGUCAAUUAAGAAAAACAUGUGCUAGAUUAGCAACGAGUUUCAGAAAAUGUAACUUGCUUCCUGGAGAUAAACUCGCCGUUAUUUUACCAAAUAUCCCAGAAUUCAUGAUUGUCGCGUUAGCAGCGAGUGAAGCCGGAAUGACCUUAACCAUGAUCAACCCUGCAUACACAGUAUACGAAAUAAAGAGGUAUUUGGAAUUGUCAGAUGCUAAAGCAGUUAUAACAUGGUCAGCGAAAUACGCUGAUGCUCAAGCGAGCGUGAGGGAAAACCCAAAUAUAAAGCUACCGAUUAUAAUCGCAAACGACAGCAUUGAUAGUACUGUGAUCCCAGGAACUAUCAAACUGACCGAUUUGAUGCGCGACGAUAUUGAAGAAUUUUCAGUUAGUCAGAAAACUGGCGUCAGUUUUGAAGCUGAUGUAUACAUGCCCUUUUCUAGUGGCACGACUGGCUUGUCAAAGGGAGUCCAGUUGAGCCACAGGAACAUUGUCGCGAAUCUUCAGCAAAUAAUACGUCCAGAACUCUACGGUCCAGUGGAAGCUACCGAAUCUUAUCAGGAUAUUAUACCACUGAUAUUACCACUAUUUCACAUAUUUGGAUUGAUCCUCAGUAUGAAUGCUAAUUUACGACUAGGUAACAAAUUGGUGUGCGUGCCACAGUUCUCCCAAGACGGAUUCAUAAAGUUACUGGAACAAUAUCGACCAACGCACUUGCAAAUAGUGCCGCCGAUAGUACAGAUAUUGGCUUAUAACAAACGAAUAACGCCGCGUCAUGUCGAGAAUAUGAAGACGAUAGUAUCGGGAGCAGCGCCCAUCGGGGAUGAGUCUAUCUCGAUGUUUCAAGAUCGCAUCAGCGAUUCUGUCAUCUUUUGCCAAGGAUAUGGUAUGACGGAAACAUCGCCGGCUAUUUCGCUAAGUUGCGAUGGUGCACCGACGGCGUCGUGCGGCUACUUAAUAUCGAGCUCACAGAUGAGAAUCGUAGGAGAAAACGACGAUAACCGCGACAAGAAUUUGGGUCCACGCGAGCUGGGACAGAUAUACGUGCGCGGGCCGCAUGUAAUGAAAGGAUAUUUCAAAAACCCCGAAAAAACGGCAGAGACUAUGGACGGGGAUUGGAUAAAAACUGGCGAUAUCGGCUAUUACACCGAAGAAGGUUUGAUAUACGUGCAAGGGAGAUUGAAAGAAAUGAUAAAGGUAAAAGGACUCCAAGUUGCCCCGGCCGAGCUCGAAGAGGUGAUCCGCGCUUGCGAUAAGAUACAAGACGUGGGCGUAAUCGGAGUGUCGCACGAUAAAUAUGGCGAAAUUCCGAAAGCUUUCGUAGUUCCUAAGAAAGGAAUUAAGAUCGACGAGGACGAACUGAAGAAAUUUGUCGCCGAACGUGUAGCCGAGUUCAAACAAUUGGGAUAUGUACAAGUUGUAGAAAGUAUUCCAAAAAGUGCAACAGGGAAAAUUCUACGAAAGAAACUUGAAGAACUGUAAAGACUUGGUCGGAUGUUCCUUCGCAUACUCUGAGUGAUAACAAGAAAUUUUGCCAGUACCAACAGCUUAUAGGCAUUGAUUCGUAUCAAUUUAUACAUAUGAUCCUUUGGCACUACCUGGAGAAGAUCCUUCUUUUUCCAGAAGGGCACUGGUAAUUCCAACUUUCUUUAGUUCUUCGAUAAGCUCACCGUUC